AUGGGAAAGAAGAGAAAGGCUUCCGGCCGUGUCGCCGAGCCCAAGGGGUCGGGAGAGCUUGACCCGGCAGAGGCUCGGCUCGGGCCAAUUUCGACGUUUGAGGAUGUCGCCAAUUCCGAAGACGAACACUUUCUGAACCGAGACAAGAUCAUGCUCGACGACGAACCGGGCUCGAAACGUAGGAAACGAGAGGAUGAAACGUUAGAGCUCUCAGACGAAGAAAUCUUUGGCUAUCAAGAUUCAGACUCGGACUCGGACGACAGCGACGACCCCGGCAAAUCGACCAAAGCCUCUGGCAAUGCUCUUGAUGAAGACGGCGCCGAGGAAGAGGGGCAAGAAUCGGGGUGGUGGGGCUCCUCCAAGCAGGCAUACUACAACGCAGACAAUAUUGAAACCGAAGCCGACGCUCUCGAGGAAGAGGCCGAGGCGAAGCGUUUGCAGCAAAAGAAGCUGUCAAAGAUGAAGGAGGAAGACUUUGUCUUUGACGGCGACGAAUGGUUGGCCGGAGAGUCCGAUGCAGAGGAAAACGACGAGACCGUCACCGAGGUCCUCAAGGACAUCGACAUCACCGACGAGAUGGGACCAGAGGAAAUGUCCAAACUGCUUGCAACGAGAUACCCCGAGUUUGGAUUUUUGGUGGACGAAUUCCAGGAGCUUCACCCAGUCCUGGCAAGCCUCGAGGUCCAAGCACGGAGCAAGCCGGGCCCAACUCUGGAGGCGGCCAAGUACUGGGUGCUGGGAUGCUAUGUCGCGGCCUUGGCUAGCUACUUGGCCGUCCUGACCUCUCCGGCACGAGAUGGCGCCAAGGUGCAGAAGCCGCUGGCCCCGUCGGAGCUGCGAGAUCACGACGUCAUGGAUACUUUGAUGUCCUGUCGCAAGGCCUGGGAAAAAGUCAAGCACGUGAAACGCCUCGGACAGGCGGGCCAUCUGCCCCCGUCAGAGAUGGAGAUUGACGUUGACGGGGUGGAUACUACAAGAGAGCAAGUCGAAAAGCUGGAGAAGAAGGCACAGAAAAAGAAGGACAAGGCCGCCGUAGCCAAGCAAGCACGGAAACUGGCAAGGGCCAAGGCCAUUGAAGACGACGUCGCCGAUCUAUACGAUCUCCCCUUGGGUGCUGGCAAACCAGGCAAGAGGGAGGAGAUAUCAGUCCAGCAUGACGACGACAACUCGGACUUUGGCGAGGAGGACGCUCUGGACGCCCGGGCUGCUGCAGACAAGGCAGCACGCAGGAAGAGCCUCAAGUUCUACACGUCACAGAUUGUGCAAAAGGCAAGUCGGCGUGCCGGCGCCGGACGAGACGCGGGAGGAGACAUGGACAUUCCACACCGAGAGCGGCUCCGCGAUCGUCAGGCUCGCCUUGUUGCCGAGGCGGAGAAACGAGGCAAAAAGGGCUCCAAGCACGGCGCCGAUCUUGGCGACGACAGCGACGAGGAAGAUGGUAAGACGGCCAACGCCAUACGCGAAGAUGAGGACGGCUACUACGACAUGGUGGCACAUUCCGCAAAGAACAAGCGGGACGACAAGGCCGCGCGAUACGCCGCCUAUGCGGCAGCAAGCAAGGCCGACAGGGUGGUUGAGAAUGAAGAGAUUGGCGAGGAUGGCAAGAGAAAGGUGACGUACGCUAUUGAGAAGAACAAGGGCCUGACGCCCAAGAGGAGCAAGGAUGUGCGGAACCCGAGAGUCAAGAGGAGAAAGCAGUACGACGCCAAGCAGAAGAAGCUGAGGAGCAUGAGGCCUGUUUGGAAGGGAGGCGAGCCCAAGGGCGGCUAUCGGGGCGAGCUCGCUGGCAUCAACACUGCAGUCAUCAAGAGUACAAAGCUGUAG